AUGGACCCCGAUAUUAACUUCGCCGAGAUGACCGAGCAGUUCGACACCUAUCUGCUGGGUCGACGGACGUUCGAGGUCACGCGCAGCCACGGACAAGCGACAAUGCCCGGCGUACGAACAUUCGUGUUCUCGCGAACGUUACGGCAGAGCGACUACGACGAUGUCACAAUCGUCGGCGAAAACUGGAGGCAGGUGGUGCAGUCGCUCCGAGAGGAAGAUGGAAAGGACAUCUGGCUGUUUGGCGGGGGUUCCCUUUUUCGCAGCCUUGCCGAAGAAGGGUUCGUUGAUACAGUGGAGGUCGCUAUCAUCCCGACCAUACUCGGAGGCGGGAUUCCGCUCGUUGCCGACCGUCCGCGCGAAUCUCGUUGA